AGAGAUGGUAUAUGUGGUGAGGUUCGAAAUUCACAUGUUUGAAUCACUAAAGUGACAAUUUUUUUUAAAUACAAUUAUGGUAUUAGGUAGCGUAAAAAAAAUUCUAUAAACCGCACUGGAGUGUCAAAGAGAGUACUGAGUUUAAGUUCUCAAAGGUUUGACCAAAAAAAAAAAAGGUUAAUAACGAACUCCACUACGAAUAUGAAGGAAAAAAGUAAAUAAAGUAUCUACAUAAACCAGUGAAAUAAUUGAAUAACAAAACAUAGUAAAAUCUUUAAUGUAUAUUAAGAGGAUAGUGUGAAUUUGUGAUGAUUUUAAAAUGGUAGAGCCAAUUUUUGAUUAUCAGUUCCGCCUCAUCCUAAUAGGUGAUAGUACUGUUGGAAAAAGCUCUUUGUUGAAAUAUUUUACUGAUGGAAAAUUUGCAGAGGUAUCAGACCCCACAGUUGGAGUUGAUUUUUUCGCACGCUUGAUUGAGGUGAAAGACGGAACUAGAAUAAAGCUGCAGCUAUGGGACACUGCUGGGCAAGAGAGAUUUCGUUCUAUUACAAAAUCAUAUUAUCGAAACUCUGUUGGGGCGUUAUUGGUGUAUGAUAUCUGCAAUAUGUCAAGUUUUGAACAUAUUCCCCAGUGGAUGAGUGAGGCAAAGCGCCAUAUAGAGCCUCACAGGCCAGUUUUUGCGUUGGUCGGCUGUAAAGCAGACUUAGUGUCAAAUGGGGGACAAAGAGAGGUUUCAAGGCAAGAAGCUAAGACUUUUGCAGAUACCCAUGGGUUGUUUUAUGUAGAAACUUCUGCUAAAACUGGACAAAAUGUUGAAGAGGCUUUUAAGGCUGUUACUCAAGAGGUUUAUAACAGGAUACAGACUGGAGAAUACAAAAAUACCUAUAAGGCUUAUAAAAAAAACUGGUUCGCGCGGUUGAAGAUGGUUGGGAUGGCAUAAAAACUGGAUUUUCUAGACCAAACAACAUGGAUUACAAUUUGGUAGAAGCGGAGGCAGCUAAAGCCACUUGCUGUUAAUAUAUUGGUUAUGGCUAUUGAAAAGGUGUAUGUAUGUAUACAGGGUAUCAAUUUGAAAAGUUGAAAUACGAAAAAAAGGUGAAAUACGAAAAUACUGCUUUAAAAAUUAACGUUUUGGGUAAAUUUUGAAAGUACUUUCUGAAAAAUAUGCGGUUUUCGUCACUCAAUAUCGAAAAUUUUGUUUUUCCACAUUUCCAUUUAGAAAAAAUGAAUAUUCAUCGCUAAAACGGAUUUUCGACAGAAUAUUUGGGAUGGCAUUGAUUUGAUGUCAUGAAUUCACAAAACUCUAUUACUAUAUCAAAAUCAUCAUCAUAGAAUUACAAACAUCUUGAAGUAUCGGCAUUUUGUAUAGAUGGUGUUUAUGCAUUUUCAUAUUCGUUUAUGCCUUUCUUACUGUCUCGUGUAAUAUGUGCCUAGUCUGCUACUGUCCGCAAUGUGCUGGUAAGCGCUGCAGCAAAUAGGCCCAAAAUCACAAUUUGAGCUCCUUUAUUCAUCUUAAUUUUUUUUCCAUUAAGGUCGAGACACAUAUUCACACCGAGUCCGCAGCGCAGCUCGCCCGUGUCGAAUCGCUCGUUACUGCGCAAAGUGGUCAGAAGUGCACAGGAAUGUUCUCAAACUUUAGUACUAGGGAUUUGGCACUAGUAGCUAAUGCGUUAGAUAAAGAAGAUGACUAGCAGAAAAGAACUGCCGUAGCAAUUUAAAUUAAAUAUUAGAGCAUACGUUCCAUAUUUGUUUUUUAUAAGUGUUGGUUACAUUUUGUUUACUUACCUAAAUUUUUUAAUAAAAAUUUAACUAAUUAAUUAUUUCGUACCUUUAGUACUAAGUACUUUAGUACUAAGUACCUUUAGUACUAACUUUAGUACUAAUAGUAUUAUCGAAAAGUAUUGAUAUUAAUCUUAACUUAUAUUUUAUCCCCAAGGGAUCACUAGAAAUGUCUACCGAGCCCGCACCGUGCCCGUUAAAAUUAAAACAAUUAUUCUAAAUCUAUUCUAGCUUGGUGCGGACGCAAUACGGAGUCAGAGCUCGGGCACGGUGCGGUCAUGUUAAGACUACUUCAUAUGAUUACACUACUUUAUUCACAUCCAAGAGACGGCCGUGCGUGCUCGGUGCGGACAUGUGUUAACCAGUUUCGGAGAAGUUUUCCACCAAAUCCAGCAUGUAUCUAUGUGAAUUUCUUCACGAUUUCUAUUCAUUUCAUUUAAAACCAAUGCCGUCCUUGAUGCACACUUACCAACCUAUCCAUCAAUUUUUCAUGUUUUUUCAAGUUUUCAAAUUGACGCCCGAUAUAUUAAUAAAUUAUAAGUUACACCUCAAACCAUUUGAGGUAAUUCACGAGAAUCUACAAAACUACUUGAAUUUGACUAUUCGGUUUAUUUACUAUUAUUUGUUAAAAUUUUAAUUUAUUACAACUUUUUUUAGUAUGGAAUUUAUUUUGGCCAAUAGAUGGCUUUUAAAAAGUAACAAAACAUAGAUAUAAAGUUAAUUGAAUCAAUUGGUUCGAUGGAGUAUUUAAAAAUGUUUAUAAAUAUUUAAAUAUUAAAAAUCGUUCGUUCUGCAAUAUACUAUCAUUAGCGUGUUAAUCAAUUCAAAUAAUUUUUGGAUGUGAGUCACCUACCUUGGUUUAAAAAUUGUGUUUAAAUUUAAAAUUAUUGUAAAAUUCGAGUUGAUUAUAUUUAUAAUGUAUAUUCUUUUCUAUUUGUUUAAUACGUCUAUACUAAUAUUAUAGUUUUAAUAUUAUAUUUUAUAAAUAAAAACAAGAGGCUCAUAACAUAAAAUUAAUUUGUAAUAUAAUGUUAAUUUAUUUGUGUAAAAAGUUUUCGUUUUUUUUUUCCAGGAAAAAGCCUUGAACAUUAAAGAAAUAUUAAAAUAGCUUUUUAUUGUAGGUAAUAAUUUAAAAUUUACUGACAUUUGAGUAAGAGUUAUACAGUUUUUUUGUGUGAUUGUGCACCAUCAGAAGAUAAUUAUUAGAUUCUUUUACAUUUUUAAAUAUGGGUGAAAUUAAAAUUAUAUUAUAGAUAUUUAAUAUUAAAAAUUUAUUUUGUGGACUAUAAAAAGAUAUUUGGCAUAGUUUAGGUAAAGUUACUUGGACAAGCAUAAAAACUAAAAACGUUUAGCGCUCGGCCUUUUAUUUACGAGGCAUUGGCGUGAAUAUAGUUUUUGUUCCUCUGGCUUAAUAUAUAUAUAUAUAGUAAAUAUGUUAUUUUGCAACCAACAAAAACAUUUAUCAAGUUACGCAGAAGUCAUGGAUAGAUUUAUUGAGACAUAUUUUUUACACAGUUUUUUUUUUAAAUUAUUACAAUUGUUAAAAUAAUAAAAUUAAAUUGAGUAAAAUAGCAAAUAAAUUCGAAAGAAUAGUGAGUGGUUUGUUGUAACACGGGUAUAAAGUUAUGUCGCGGCCGUGUUGCAAUAGAAUAUUAUUAUACUUGCGUCUGCUGAUAUUUGAUAAGCCCAAAAAUUUCCGCUGAAGAAUGAAAUUUCAUUGUUACGCGGAGUUUUUUGGUCUUAUCGAAAUCAAAUAUAAGUGAAGUUAACUACAUAUUCAUAAUUUUACACUCAAAUUUUUAUACGUCCAAAAAUGCUUACCUUUUUAGCGUCACGUUCGUAUAUUGUCUAGGACAUGCGCGUUUAAUUGCGGUGUUUGAUUAAUUUUGCGCGACUAUUUUUUAAUUGCUCCCUAGAUCAUCUCAAUAGGAUUGAAAAUACAAUAGUAUGGAGGCAAUCGUAAAAUGGAGUGGCCGUACCAUUCGAAAAAACUUUCUAAAAAAUAUUCGUUUUUGAACUUUUGCUCCCUUAUUACUGCUAAUAAUAUUUUUUUUGUGUCCUUUAAAGGAGCUUGCAUGUUUUUUUCUCGCCAUAAAUUUAACUAAAUCAGCUUUUUUACUACUUAAGACUUAUUGAACUUACAUUAAUUUAAAUAUAACGAAAGGUUUCGUUAAAAAUUAAAGUUCAGAUAUUUUUUAAAAACGUCAAUAAGUCUAUUUUCUUCUUUUUUUCAGUAUUUGAGCGUAUGAGAUAGUAUUUUCUACAUUGAUAUUUAAUAUAAGUGACAUAAUACCCAAUAAAAUAACUCAUUAAUUAUAAUGUCAAUACUAUUUAACCUUGAAUUUGUAUCUUAAAAAACAGUACUGUAAUUUUUUUUAUUAAGCGAAUAUUAACGAUAUAUCUUUUAAUGUAUUGUAUUUAAAAAUUGUAAUUCAGGUUUAAAAUAUAUUCAGGUCGAAAAUGACACGUGUUAAGAAACUGAUACUCUGUUAAAAUUUGAUCACAUUAUGAAAUGCCUGAAAAUAUUUACCACAACUAUUUGAUUCAAUAUUACUAGUAUCAAAAGGCCGCCAAAAUUUUUAGUGUUCAAAAGUUCAGAUGAAAGUAAAUAAAACAAAACAUAGUAUAUAACAAAUAGAAUAACAACAAGACCUACAGUAUAAUAUAAACGCGAAACCGAUUUUAGGGUGAACCAAGUCUGCACCAUGCUAAUUAAAACACUGACAAAAUUCAAAAUUGUUAUAAUUGUUAGCAUAUACAAACCUAUAUAUUAUGACACGCAUCUUAAGAAAUGGUUGAUUCUUCGAAACAUUAUUUCCACGUACAAAAGGGGUCCAAUAGCGCUUCAACAAGAAAUAUGAAUUUAAAUAUUUUUUAUACACAUUUUUAGGCUCAAAAAUGCGUGACUUUGUCCUAAAUUUAACAUUUUCUUCUUAUCUCUUAUAUUUACCGAGAUCCCAAUAGUGAGCUAGGAAUUUGUAACAUGCCGUAUAAUAUACAGGGUGCUGCAGAGGAAUAGAAUGUUUUUGAAAUAAUAAUAAAAUCAUUAGUUUUUGCUUUAGGGAAAAUUUAUUGGUAGAACAACAUACACAAAGACAUAGCAUUUGAUAAUACUCUGAUGGAUUUUCCGUUGUGAAAAAGAAUAUUAAGCAUAUGGUGACCGUUUACAUCGACGCAUUUUUUCAGGCGUUCGCUGAAACUAGCCUCGACUUUUUGCAACAAAUCUCUAUUCAUUCAGCCGAAUUUGAAUUGAAAUGCUUUGUCAAGGCACGGAAUGUAAUCUGAUGCACACCCCUCCCUUCUAUAAUGGCCAAUCGCUACCUAUCCCAAAAAUAUUCGCUUUUUAUGUCGCACCCUGUAUAAUAUUUAGUAAAAAAUAACGUUUAUAAAUAAUAGAACGCAAUACAAGUAAACAAACAAAAAACAAUGUUACGGUCUCAUAAGCAAAUUUUUAUUGGCUACACGUGUUUCGCCCUGUAUAAGCAGGGCAUCAUCAGGCCUAAAAACAAUUAAAAGAGGGGUGUUUAAUAUACAAUUAUUUGCAAAAUAAAAUAAAAUUAUCUUAGGACCUACACAUACACUGUAAAACUAGUAGUGUAUAAAUUCAAUAACUAUUAACUUAGGGUGUGUUCGAAAAAAGGGCGACAUUCCUUGGCAGCAAAUAUUACAUCAAAUACUCCUAAUGCCAAAAUACAUUAAUUUUUUUUUGUAAAUAAAUAAAUAAUUAAGUAGAUAAUUAGGUACUUUAUUAGAUUUUUCCUAAAUUAAGUAAAAUAAAAAAUUAACCUAUAUCGGCUUUCAUUUACCGCGUAAUACAUAAAUGUUUUUAAUAAGUUUGUGUUUAACAUUUUGGAUGAGCAAAAAAACACUAACUUCUCAAUUAUGUGUUGCAGUCUAUUAGAUUUAGCGGCUUGGCGCUGUACUCGAAUAUAUUUAGGAGUCUAAUGGUAAAAUCCUAUUUAAUAUUGUGGCGGCGUUGUAUCGUAUUAGAUUUUGGAGUACAGCAUUGUAACCAACUAGAUUUUGAAUUGACCAAUAACAAUCGAGGAAAACUUGCGGCCGUUGAACAAUAUUAGGUUUUGGAAAUACGCGGCCGGGGUGCCGUGGAAAGACUCGAACCGACCGUAGGUAGAUAUAUACGGGGAUCGAUCACUAAAAAUCGUAAUAUAUUUUGCAAUUCAUUUUAAUGCGAAUAUGUAGUAUGUUGAUUGUAUUUUGUACGUACUAAAUUUUGAAGCUUGACCAAGUAACUUCACUUAAACUUUAUGCCAUUUACCAACGUUUUGGUGGUUUUUCUUUUAUCUCCAGUUGGAUAUUAAAAGUGCUUUAACUAACGCCUUAUUAUUAAAUUUAUGUUACUCUUCGGUUUUAAAGUAGUAGUAAUUUGGUUACUAAUGCAAUAGUGUCUAUUUUUGUUUUUAUCUAUACUAGCAAUAAUAAAUGUUCUAUUUAUAUAACUCUUUGCUUCUAGAUACACAAAAUAUGUUUCUAGUUAUUUGCAUAUUUGGUAUCAAUAUUUUGUAGCAGUUUCUUUUUAUUUGAGCUACAAAUAGUAAGUUUCGAUUAAAUAUUAAUGUGAAUACUUAA